UUUUUUUAAAUUGGAAGACUUAGAAAUGUACUUCAUACAAUUCCUAAUAAAUGUAAAUUAAUAAAAAUGUAUUGGAAAGGAUUCAUUUCAACGUUCGCGAACGUGUACUUUUGAAAUACUUUUCUUAUUUGUACGACAAAUUUGCGUUAAAUGUAUACGAGGAUGUUUUGGAUCAAAUGUGUUCGCACGCGCUUAAUUUUGAAUAUCAAGAAAAUGAUGCCCUCUGCCGGGCUUCACGGGCACCUUUCCCCUGUCCUUACUCUACCCCACAAGUUUCUUUAGGAAAACGGCGCGUUUGUACUCGUUUGUUUCCAAAAUUUUCAUAAUUUAAAAAAUCGCCUGAACACAAACGACUUCCAUAUACACGGUAAGAAUUAAAAUUCUAACUAUUCACACACCUCUAAAAUGUGAUAAUAAACAUAUUGGAAUAUGUUCAGAUUCCCAAACGAUUUUUAUCAUUUAUCCUUGUUUUGAAUGCGAUGUUCAGUAAGGAUAACAUAAUAUUUGGGCAAUACUCGGGUAGGAAUUCUGAACGCGCCUUUGAAGAUGCUUGAAGUAAAAAAAUAAUGAAAGUAAUGUUUUGUAAGAUAUAUAGGUGAUCAUUACAAUUAACACAUCGGCUGAUAUCAUAGUAUAUUGAUGAAAUUAUAUUGGAUUUUAUGAAAAUGUUUGAAGAUCAAAAUUCUUCAGAUAUUGCAGAGCAGUAUCUAAAUCUACCACAAACAGCUCUAACUCUAGAGUGUCGAAUGAUUGUAAUAGGUUCUUAUAAAUGUAUUCCUCGGGAAAAAAUAGUGAUUUCUUACAAUGGUAUAAGAUUUGAUGUCCCUUUGGUAGAAGAUGAUACAAGUUUUGUAACUUUGGAUGUGAAAUACAGGCAUGUAAUUAAGCUUUUAAUUCAUUUUGAACAAACAAUGCCACUACUAUUCCUUUAUAUGUCUCCAAGUACAGGAAUCAAGAUACGUGAAUUAUUAGGAAUGCAAGAUCCAAAGGGACCAUAUUAUGAUCCUGUUGGAAAAGUUGAAAUGCAUAGACAUAUUACGUUAUUACUAGAUAAAUUACCAAAGGAUUCAAAGGCGAUACUAAUAAGUUUAUUCUUACACGAAGGUAAAAUAGACGAAUUGACUUCUCCAGAAGCUAACAAUAUAUUAAUACGGGCCACACGGACGUUAUGGGAUCAUUCGCUCAUUACUACACGGAAGCUAAAUCAAAACUUAACAAGUACUAUAAGUGCUACAGAUACUACUGGUGUCAAUGGUAACGUACAAACAAUAAUUACAUAUCCAUCAUUUUCUGUAGAAAGAGGAAUAACUAUUAACACUGCACAUUACCUAUGUCUCGCAGAAAACCAAUACUUGAAUGAUACGGUUAUAGAAUUUUAUUUAAAGUAUUUAACCUUAGAGGUAUUGUCAGAAUUUGAUCAACGUAGGACUCACGUAUUUAGUUCAUUUUUUUAUCAGCGUUUGAUUACUCCACAUUUCGGAAAAACUCAAAAUACCGUACCAAUGCCACUUGCCGCCGAGCGGCACGCAAAAGUACAGAGGUGGACGAGGGAUGUUAAUAUAUUUGAAAAAGAUUUUGUUAUAAUUCCUAUAAACAAGGAUGAACACUGGUUCUUGGCUAUUAUUUGCUUUCCUGGAUUAGUUGGAAAAGUAUCCAAACGUAUUAGCAAAAAUGAUAGUCUCGUUAGUUUUUCUAAUAUGGGCGAAGACUCUUCUAAGUCCGUACAAAAGAACAAAAAAAUAAAAACAUUAAAAAGAAAAGCUAUUGAACUUAAAGAGCAGAAAGAAAUCAAGAUUCCCUGCAUAUUAAUAUUCGAUUCGCUCGGUGGUACUAAUUACUCAUCGGUAAUUACUACAUUAAGAGAGUAUUUAAGUUGCGAAUAUGUUGUCAAGUUUGGUGUAGAAGAGACAUUCUCGAAAGAUACUAUUAAAGGAGCGUAUCCGAAAGUACCCAAGCAAUCCAAUUGUACUGAUUGCGGAUUGUAUUUAUUACAAUAUGUGGAAAGUUUUUUUAAGGAUCCUAUUAAAGAUUAUACUUUGCCAAUUAAAACCUUGGAAACAUGGUUUGAAGAAAUUGUCAUAACGAAGAAGAGGGAGGAAUUGUCGAAUUUGAUAAUUGAGUUAAUGAAUAACACCAAAGGGAAUAAACCUAUUAAUUUGCCUACUAUAACAUUUCCGACACAAAAUGGCAAAUUGAAACGGACGUCAAAAAUCAGAUGUAAUUAUUUCUGAACACAGAAUGUA